AUGCACCUCGCGGUGAUCCCAGACAUCAUUGUGGCGAUACUAUGCGACUUGAGCGAUGGUCCCCGGCGGGAAGCUGACCUACAGGCCUUGCACGCCAGCUACAAAUCCUGGUGCGACGAACAAGGGGUGCCGGACAGAGCCUCGCGAAAGCUGUUCACAAGCGGGAUCCUACGUCCUGGAUCCAAAGAAUAUGUUGGGAUCUCGCAGAAAAUCUGCAACGCGAGUGCUGCGCGAUACUUCAUAUUCUGGCUCGCUCAGUACAUGGCUGCUUUGGCGCAGAGCAACCCGGGCAACGAAUGGUACAUGAACCCCGGCGUGUUUUUUUGUUGUUUUUACCAAUAG